UCUCAGUGGAAACUGGAGCUGGGAGGGCUCUUCCUGCCUGGGGGAGGCUUCCCAGGAGCGCGAGGGAUUUACCAGUCACCACCUUUCAUUUCCCUAUCCCUUGCUGUGUCCCACUGAAGGCCAUGUGCAGUGGCAAGCUGCAGACGGGUUUGCUGGUGGCCGGCUACUUCGUCUACCUGCUGGUGGGUGCAGCUGUGUUCCAGGCACUGGAGAGGACUGCUGAGAAGCAGGAGAAAAUAGCAGCUGCCCAGAUGAAGGAAGCUUUUCUGCAGAGCUUCACCCACCUCACGGUGGCAGAGAUGGAGCAGUUUAUGAAGAACCUGACUGAAGCCAUUCAGAAUGGAGUAUACCCUGUUGGAAAUGAAUCACAGACUGAAGACAGCAACUGGGAUUUCAGUAACUCCUUCUUCUUUGCAGGCACAGUUGUCUCCACAAUAGGUUAUGGCACGCUACAUCCUAAAACUACUGGGGGCCAGAUCUUCUGUGUCUUUUUUGCUCUGUUUGGAAUCCCUCUGAAUAUUGUUUUUCUGCACCGUGUUGGUAAGAUGCUCUCACUGCUGUGUAAAAAGCUGGGGAAAUUCCUGUACGAAAAAGGAAUGAGAAAGAAGAAGAUCAAACUUCUGACCCUUUUAUUCUUCCUGGCAACGGGGAUCCUAGUUUUUCUGUGCUUGCCAUCACUCUUCUUCCAGAUAACAGAGGGCUGGUCCUACAGCGAAGGAAUUUACUUUGCAUUUAUCACCCUCAGCACCAUUGGCUUUGGAGAUUAUGUAGUAGGUAAACAGCCUGACAGGAUUUACUUUUCCUACUACCGAACACUGGUGGCCAUUUGGAUUCUUUUCGGCCUUGCCUGGAUUGCUCUCCUAUUUAAUUUAUUGACAACAGUACUAGAAGAUACUGAAAAAAUAAUUGUCAAGGAUCUCCAUCAAAUUGGAAAGUACACAUUCCUGUGUGCCAUGCAGCUGAUGAGCUGAGAAACACAGCAAUCAGCCCUGGAUAAAGGAUCUGAGAACAUAAACAUCGGUCGGAUCCCCCAGUGAUGUAAGGCAGCAUGCCUUCAAGUCUAUGUAGCAAGGUUGAUGUUAACUGAUGAAGAAAUUGGUUUUCUCCUCUAUUACCCUUGGCCUGUUAAGUUCAUUUUAUGCCACUCUUUUAGCAAUGUAAAUUUGCCUAUUAGGAAAAAAAAAGGCUUAAAAAAAUCCCAUCUCUACCUUUUCUUCCCCUUAACUCUGCCCUCUCCUUACAGCCCACAAGCUUUAAAUGCAUUGAAAAUUUAUUGGGAAGGCCCCAAAUUCUGCUCAAAGCAGGCAUUGACGUUGUCCCUGUUACAGUGUGGUGCAGAAUAAAGACACAAGUACAGCAGAACGGCCCCUGACGCCAAGCAUUGAGCCAGCAGAGGUGUGAGACCCAACGGAGACUGCUGACCACUCUUCCACAGGCUGCAGAGAGGUACGCAGGGUGGCAGAGAGCAUCCUCCAGCCUAACCUUGCACCUGCAGAUAACUGGGGGAAGAUCCAGGGGCUGUUUAUUUAAACAUAUACUCCCCCUUAACACCAGAUCAAAGAAAAAUUAAUGAAGGAGAUGCCAGAUUCCCCAACUCUUGUAGGGCACAGAGGUGUUGUUUUUACAUGAAAAGACCCUCAAGAUCCUCCUGCACCAAAGUGUUCAUCCGAAGAACUGAGCUGCACAUAGUUUGAGCAGGGCUGGGAGUGCCUGGAGGGAUCAUGACACGGAAGAUUAAUGGAUCUCUUCCAGCCAUAGGCUGUCAGUUAAGUCAAGCACUGCUAAUGUGGGAUGUUGUCCUGAGACCUCUGUUAGCACAAUGACGAAGCUUUUUUUAAGUCCUCUGUGUAAAAGGCAUAAUCCUCGUAUGCCAAUGGAUCAUAUCCUUGAGAUCCCUAGAGAGCAGGGCAAAUGUGGAAAGAAAAGGAAAGGAAAUCCCUUAUUUCAUAAUGGUGCAAACAGACAUGUCAGGAGAAUUACAUCAACAUGCAGCACGUGUGAAAUUUAAUACUCCUCCUAAUGCAUUUAGAUGAGGCAAAAUGCAAAGUCUAUACUGCCUCUGGGAAUAAUUCUGGUAGGAAGCUUUCACCGCUAGGAACCAAGGACUUUCUACUUACUCUGGAAUUUGAGCCUUUGUUUUCAAAGCCUUCCUGAGAGACUUCAAAAUCAAGUUUGUUAAGUGUACGUUACUCUUUGAAGAUCUGUAUUCCAAAAUGAAACACCAGUGCUCUUCCCAGCAAUGCUGUCGCAAAUUAAGAGUAGCAUGCUUGAAAAUCAGUAAACAUUCAUGGGGUCGCAGACAAUCUGCAAAAGAGGAGAGCCUGAUCCUUUGCAUUGCAGAAAGCCAAGAUAUGCAAACACACACAGCCCUUAUCCUUUGCCUAGUGUCAGCUGGCAUUGCUGCAAGGGUGCUGCAGACCUGCAUGGAUUUCCACCAGCUUUGACUGUGGCCCAUAAAGCUCUCAAAGGCUUUUAAAUGCAAGCAGUAUUUGCUUUGGAGUCCUUGCAGACAGGAGGAGCCUGAGAUCUUCCGGCUGGUUCCCCACCCCCCAUAUCAGACUAUAGAUAUGGGAUUCAGCAAAGGAUACAGCUCAGAUGUGGCUUGAAUUCAGACAAGUGACUUGAAGUGAUGAUUUCCCCCCCACCAGGCUGCAGAUGAUCGAUGUAUUAUGCAUGAAAAUAGCGCCAGGCACAGAUGGGGUGGGAGUAGAAGGUGUGAGCUGAUAAUGACAGCAGCCAAGCUCUGCUAGAAAAGACUCUACAACACACUUGCAUAUUGGGCAGAAAAAGGAUGCAACAUAUAUGAGAGACUAGCCAUGGUUUAAAGGGCCAAACAGUUUAAUUACCACCAAAACUGAGGUUUAUGCAAGGAUUUGAGUGGCAUGGUUGCCAGAGGGAGGAGGGGAUUAGCCUUGAUGAUUCAAGGAAGUGUAUUCCCAUCUUGUGCUCUUGAAUAACUGUAGGGAGAUCAGUGAAAUACUUAUUCUGGGUUUUAAAAGCUGAAGACAGGGAAUCCAAAGCAGUGACAUGGUGCUGCAUCAGAUAUUGCCUCCAGCAGGAUCCUGGCUCGUACUCAGCACAGUGCUGAGAACUUGGCACCAGGUCCAAAGCUGAAACAAACAGGAAUUUCUCCAUGGACACUUCUAGGGUUUGGAUCCAGGCCCUUGAAGACCAGCACGCAUGGCCUGAUCCUGAAGAAACAGUGGCAGUUUGGAUGGGCAACAUGUCACUGACUUGGAGCCAGGUGGGUACAGACUUCAGUGGGAGGAUGAGUCAAGAGAGCUCCAGCUCCAUCUGCAAAAGGACCUGGUGCUGUGAGAAAGAGCUUAGCAAGUGUGCUAUCCAUAAAGACCCACAAGGAAGCAGUGAUGGUCCAAAGAAAAGCCUGUGACUUCCCUGAUCAGCCUUGGAGCACUCUGGAGGUCAUUGCAAGACCAGAUGCUUAAAAUAAGCUGCUUUCCUUCUACAAUCAAACCAUGAGAAGGGGAUACUCUUCCUUACAGUGCUUCUCUGAAGAAGCUCCAGCCUUGGACUAUGCAUCUUACAGCUGGCAAGAUGUCAUUGGCUUUGCCAAAUCUGACCACAGCUGAUCCCCGAUGCAAUAAAAUGUUGGCCUUCAAUCACCAGAGGCUGAGAAUGUGCUUGUCUGGAGGAUCAUCAGGCAAAGGCAGCAAAGACUUGCUGGCAACUUGCAAUGCAUUUGCCAGUUCCAGGCUCUGUGGAAGCCUGACCCUACACAAAAAGAUCCUUGCAUGAGUCCACUCUUUGCUACCAGCCCUGCUGAUGGUGCCAGUGACAUAACAGCUAUAGGAAAUCUGUGACUGAGGGAUCUGAGCUGUGCACUCAGAUAUAUGCAAUAAUCCUUGCAAUGCUGAGACAUAACAAUGUUUUGGGAAGUCAGGCCAGCAAGCAUUGCACAGAAGCAAUGAAUAUUUUACGUCACUUAAGGGCUAGGUCCCUAUGAAAUGUAGCUGUUUCACCGCUCAGAAGGCAAUCUGUUCAAAUUUCCUCCAAACAGGGCUCAAAUGCUCAAAUUUGUCCAUGGGAAUAAGCAUUUCUGAUAACACUGCCCAACUUAAGCUUGCAAAGAAACCUCCCAUAGAGGGAGCAUCUCAAGGGAUAAGGUUUCAACUCAUGUAUUUCCCAUAGCCCAAGAGGCUGCAACCCACUUAUGGGUGUGGAAACUCACCUAAAACCAAGAGAAAAUGUG